GCACUUCCAACUUCCGGCUGAAGUGGAAAUUGAUACAUGACACAGUUGUUUGGAGGAAAGCUUGUUUUCUUUGGGAAAAACGUUAACGUCCACGGAACUACCGACGUGGUUUUGACAUCUUAACGGCCGAUCGUCCCGUGUAGACUGGGCCGCGAUGGAGGCGGUUCCCCGGAUGCCGAUGAUCUGGCUGGAUCUGAAGGAGGCUGGGGACUUCCAGUUCAGUCCGUCCGUCAGGCAGUUCAUCUUGAAGAAUUAUGGAGAGAAUCCAGACAACUACAACGAACAGAUGAAGAAACUGGAGACACUGCGGCAGAGUGCUGUAAAUGUGACGAGGGAUUUCGAGGGGUGCAGCACACUGAGGAAGUACUUCGGCCAGCUGCACUACCUUCAGAGCCGAGUGCCCAUGGGAACGGGCCAGGAGGCGGCAGUACCCAUCUCAUGGACUGAGAUCUUCUCUGGAAAAACAGUCACCCACGAUGACAUCAGCUAUGAGCAGGCGUGCAUCCUGUAUAAUCUUGGGGCUCUCCACUCCAUGUUGGGAGCCAUGGAUAACAGGGUAUCUGAGGAGGGGAUGAAGGUGUCCUGCACACACUUCCAGUGCUCUGCGGGGGCCUUCUCCUACCUGAGAGACCACUUCAGCCACAACUUCAGCGUGGACAUGAGCCACCAGAUCCUCAACCUCAACAUCAACCUCAUGCUGGGCCAGGCUCAGGAGUGUCUGCUGGAGAAGUCCAUGCUGGACAACAGGAAGAGUUUCCUGGUCGCCCGCAUCAGCGCUCAGGUGGUGGAUUACUAUAAGGAGGCCUGCAGAGCUCUGGAGAACUCGGAGACGGCGUCGAUGCUGGGAAAGAUCCAGAAGGACUGGAAGAAACUGGUUCAGAUGAAGAUCUACUACUUUGCUUCUAUUGCACAUCUUCAUAUGGGAAAACAGGCUGAGGAGCAGCAGAAGUACGGAGAGCGGUUGGCGUACCUGCAGAGCUCCAUUGACAAACUAUCUGAAGCCAUCAAGCUGGCCAAGGGUCAGCCUGACAGUGUGCAGGAUGCCUUGAGAUUCACCAUGGACGUUAUCGGGGGAAAGUUUAAUUCAGCCAAAAAGGACAAUGACUUCAUCUACCAUGAGACGGUUCCCUCUCUGGAGACGCUGGCCUCGGUCAAAGGUGCCCCGCUGGUGAAAGCUCUCCCAGUAAACCCCACAGACCCCAGUGUGACCGGACCGGACCUGUUCGCCAAGCUGGUGCCAAUGGCUGCUCAUGAAGCCUCUUCAUUAUACAGUGAGGAGAAGGCCAAGCUGCUGAGGGACGUCAUGAUCAAGAUAGACAGCAAAAAUGAAACACUGGAGCAGUUCAUGGACUCUCUGGGUUUGGAGCCCGAGUCGGUGGAUAACCUGGACAUGUACAGCCACAUCCCCCCCGUCCUGAUGGAGAAGUGUGCUGCUCUCAGCGUGAGACCCGACACCGUCAAGAGCCUGAUCCAGUCCAUGCAGGGGCUCUCAGGCGUCUUCACUGAUGUGGAGUCCUCCCUGAAGGAGAUCAGAGACGUGCUGGAGGAGGACGAGGCGGGUCAGCGGGCCCUUCAGGAGGCCGGGGGCCCCGCUGCAGGCGAGCUGCACUCCCCAGCGCAGGCCCAGGCUCUGGGGGACAUCCGCAGGGACCUGGAGAAAUACAUGGAGGCUCACGAGAAGGCCAGCUUCACCAACACGGAGCUCCACAGAGCCAUGAACCUGCACAUCAGCAACCUGCGCCUGCUGGGGGGGCCCCUGGAGAGCCUGAAGGAGGCCCUGCCCCGGCCCCAGCUCAGCGAAGAGGAAGUGGCGGGGCUGCAGUGCAUGAAGCGGAUCCUGGGGAAGGUGCAUGAGAUGAGGGAGCAGAGAGGCUCUCUGGAGAAGCAGCUCCGAGACCUCAUCCAGCAGGACGACAUCACCUCCACCCUCGUCACCACGGAGAGGGCCGACAUAAGGCGUACAUUCGAGGAUCAGCUGAAGAAGUACGAGCAGGUGAAGGUGUACCUGGAUCAGAACCUGGCGGCGCAGGAGAACAUCCUGAAGGCGCUGACGGAGGCCAACGUGCAGUACGCCUCGGUGAGGAAGGGGCUCAGCCAGACGGAGCAGCAGUGGAACGGCACGGUGCAGGGGCUGGUGGGGUCCUACGAGGCCUACGAGGACCUGAUGAAGAAGUCUCAGGAGGGGAAGGAGUUCUACGAGGACCUGGAGGACAAAGCCUCCCGUCUGCUGGAUAGAGCCAAGACCCUGGCUCAGACCCGGGCCGAGGAGAGGAGGCCCCUCCUGGAGAAAGAGACCCAGAAGAAGCCCCCUGCCCGGCCCACAGCAGCAAAGCCCUCCCUGCAGACGAGGUCUUCAGACGGGGACUCCGCCUGCUCCAGCUUGGAUGACCCGGAGCUGGCCCAGCUGAGCGCCGCCAUCUUGGCUCUGGGGGGCGACCUCCCUGAGGAGCUGCGCAGCUUCCCUCCCGACAUCCCUUCCCUCCCCCCCGGGCACGAACACUACCACCCCCCCGGAGCUCACCUGGGUCCAGGCUCCCUCCCCUGGUCUGGACCGCACUUCCCCGCUAACCUGCCCCCCCCCGAGCUGCUGGCCCGGAUAGCACAGUUUCCUACUUCUGGAUUAGCGCCACAGCUCCCCCGCGGCCCCCUCCCUCACAUGGCUCCUCAGAUGCCUCCUCAGUUACCAGGUUAUCGCCCGCCCCACCCUCACGCCCCACAGCCCGGCCUGGUAGCCCCCGCCCCGGUCAGACCCUCCACCACCACAGUGGACAGCAUCCAGGCCCCCAUCCCCAGCUACGCCCAUACCCCGCACCACCCUGGCCCCCCUGCAGCAUCCACUGGCUACACUGUCCCUCCACAGAUGGGGGGGUAUCCCCAGUUUAUGGCUCGACCAGGAAUGCCCAUUCAUGGCGCCCCCCACCCCCAACCCCAACAACCCCAGCAGAAGCAGCCGUACCCUCAGGCCAUGGGGCAGCCGCUGCCUCAGGGGUACCAGCCCGGGCCGGGACCUGUUCCUGGACCCCACCCUCAUAUGCAGGCUCAGCAGGGGUACCAGCACGGAUACAUGCCCCCCCAGCCUGGGGUUCCUCCACACUACCAGCAGGCGUUUCCAGGUCAGCUGCAGCCACAUCAGCAAAAUGGCUACCAGCCCCAGCCUCAGAUACCCCAGGGCUACCAGCCCCCCCGAGGCUACCUCCCCCAGCAGCACCCUCACAUGAUGCCGGGCUCCAUGCCAAGGCCCCCUCAAACUGUUCCUCCACACAUACCCCCCACUUCUCAGCCUGCACCUCCUCCAUCCCAGCCCUACAUGCCCCACCAACACCAACACCAACACCAACAGAUGCCCCCUGGACUUCCUCACCCACACAUGAUGCCCCAACAGCAGCAGAUCCCUCCCCACCCACAAAUGCACAUUCCAGGCGGUCCCAGAGUACAAAUGCCCCCCACAAGUCAGCAAAUGCCCCCGGUCUCCCAGCACUACAUGCCCCCCGGUAACCAGCCCCUUCACCCCAACAUGCGGCCACAGAUGCCUCCAGCCUCACAGCCUCAUAUGGUCCACAUGCCGAGGGGCCCCAUGCCACAGAUGCCCCCUCACCACCACCCCGGACAGCCUCCAAUCACAAACAUGCCCCAGCAGCCCAUGCAGAUGCCCGGUCAGGCUCCGCCCCCUCAUCCUGGGGGGAUGUGCUACCCUGGAGGGUCUCCGAUGAUGCCUCAGCAGCCUCUGGCCCCCCAGCCUGCCGCCCCCCAACAACCUCAGGCUCCCAUGAUUCACCCGCAGCCCUCUCCUAUGUACCCCCCAGCUGCAGGACCUAAUGUACCCCCGAGUGCCCCCCAGCAACCGCCUGCCAUGGGUCCACACGUGCCCCCCGCCCAACACAUGAUGCAGCCCACUCCUGGAGGCCCUUCAGUGCCUCAGCCUCCCAACAAUGUCCCUCCUUCCCCAUCUCCUUCCCCCUCCCCAUCUCCCUCCCCAGGUCCUACCUCUCUGAGCCUGAACCCCCAGCAGAGACCCACACCAGCCCCCACCCCCGGAGCUCCUCCCACCCUCCCCUCCCCCUCCGCUGCCUCUCCCUCCACCUCUCUGUUUCAGCGCCAGAACUCAAGCACGGACGACCUUCUCUCUUCGAGCCCCGAGAGCAUUCCCGGAGGCACCAAGCCCCCCACCAACGUGCUGCAGCCCACCAAGGCUGACCCCCAGGACGGGAAGAAGAGCUCCCAGGCGGUGCUCCUGAUCCAGGGAGACCCUUACCAAGCUCCAGAGCGCGUCGCCCGUCUUCACGGUGAACUGGAACGUUACCGGGCCAAGGUGGACUCCCUGGAGCAGCCCUCAGAGAGCGAGGGGGGGCUGUCGGUGCUGGACGCCCGCUGGAGAGAGCUCCAGGACCAGCAGGAGAAGGACGCGCGCCAACGCUCCAUCGCGAUCGCCCGCUGCUACACCAUGAAGAACCGUCACCAGGAUGUGAUGCCCUACGACCUGAACCGCGUAUUGCUGCAGUCGGGGAAGGACGACUACAUCAACGCCAGCCUGGUGGAGGACCUGUCUCCGUACUGCCCGCGCCUCAUCGCCACGCAGGCCCCGCUCAGCGGCACCGCGGCAGACUUCUGGCUGAUGGUGUACGAGCAGAAGGUGUCCCUGAUCGUCAUGCUGGUCUCAGAGCAGGAGCUGGAAAAGGGGAAGGUUGUGCGAUACUUCCCGACGGAGCGGGGCCAGCAGGUCGCUCAGGGGCCGAUCACGCUCAGCCUCACCACGCAGAAGAUGGCUCCGACUCACGUGGAGCGCAUGAUCAGCCUGCAGUACCGCGACCAGAGCCUGAAGCGCACCGUCGUCCAUCUGCAGUUCACCUCCUGGCCCGAGCUGGGUCUUCCUGAAAGCAAGAGCAACCUGCUGCGCUUCAUCCAGGACGUUCACGGACACUACCUGCACCAGAGGCCCCUACACACACCCGUUGUGGUGCACUGCAGCUCGGGGGUGGGACGCACCGGCGCCUUCUGCCUGCUGUACGCCGCUCUGCAGGAGCUGGAGGCAGGCCACGGGAUCCCUGACCUGCCUGUGCUGGUGAAGAAGAUGAGGCAGCAGAGGAAGAACAUGCUGCAGGAGAAGCUCCACCUGAAGUUCUGCUACGAGGCGGUGCUGAAGCACGUGGAGCAGGUCCUGCAGAGACACGGCAUCACCACCCCCACCUCCACCUCCACCUCCACCUGCAGCCGGACCAAGCCUUACUCCAGACAGGAGUCCCAGCAGGACAUUGUCCUCGGGGGGGACAUGCCCAUCAGCUCCAUCCAGGCCACCAUCGCCAAACUCAGCAUCCGCCCCCCCAGCGCCACAGACCCUUCAUUGGAGGCCCCCUGCGGUGUGGAGGAGCACGUUGGCCCCGCUUUCGACUCUCUGAGUGACGUCCAGGCGGUCCAGGACCCCCCCACAGAGCCCCCCUCCUCUUUGAGUCCUCCUCUCACCUCGCCCACUCACUCUCCACCCCCUAACGGCCUUGACGCCCCCUCCUCACCACCUGCACUCCCACCUGCCUCCCCCAGCGUCAGCCCUCCUCCUCCUCCAGCCUCCUCUGCUCCGGCUCCUUCCUCCCUGGAGCUCCUGGCCGCCAUGACCCCCGAGGCCUUCUCCAUGGAGGGCGGGGGCAAAGGGAAGCAGCGGGUGACCAAGCAGAGCUUCCUGCAGCCGGCAGAGGGUCAGGGGAUCCACGGGACCCCCCGGGGGGAGGAAGGAGACGACCCCCUCGGCAGCCUGGACCCCUUGUGGAGCCUCGGGAAGCCCUGAGAGCAGAGCCUGUUUCCACUUUACCACCAGGCCUGUAGCGCUUUGUAAUCCUGCUUUUUAAGUAGAAAAACACACUGAAUCCUGGGACAUUUUAGCAGAGUUGACCAAGACGUGCCUGGUGGGGGCGGACGGCGGUGGUUCAGUCGUGAAGUUUGAAACACAAACACACUUUCCUUUCAUCACCGGUGGCUUCUGGGAGCAGAUCACUAUGCACUCGUCUGUUUUCCUUCUGUCGCUCUUUGCUGCUUUUUAUUUGUCUGUAUGGAUGUUGUGCACUCCCACAUCUGGGCCCAAAAAGAAGAGGAAAAUCCCAGCAUGCACUCCACUUUCGUUUGGUGUUUGGCUGCGAUCGUUUAACUGGAAUAAUGGAUGCGUGGAGGUCAUAGGAGCUGGGUGGAGCGAUCUUGAAAACACCUUGAACUCAAUCAGUGGUCACACAAAUCAGCACGUCUUAACAAGUUUAUUCGUUCUUUUCUUCCUCUGUAACACUGUAAAUAUCUUAAAUAAAGUUAGACUAUUCCCAAUGUCCUUCUGGUAAAUUUCACAAACUAAUCAUUCAUUAUUGUAAAGGAAAAUGAAAUAAAUCCAGUAGACAAGA